AUGUUACGACAUCCACAACAACAACAACCACCUCAACAGCAACACGUACCAAAUACUAUAACCAAUGUUGUCGCUCCUACAGCUACAAGCUAUCCUGCCUUUGAUUUAGCAAAGUUCUGGACAGAACAAAUGCAUAUAGCCAAUUCUUUCCAAUCCGACUUCAAAAGCCAUCCUUUACCCUUAGCACGAAUUAAAAAAGUAAUGAAAACCGAUCAGGAAGUCAAGGUACAGAUUCUUUAUGCGCCUAUCUUAUUUGCAAAAGGCUGCGAAAUAUUCAUCACCGAAUUAACAAAGCGUGCAUGGGUUCACGCAGAAGAAAAUAAGAGACGCACCUUGCAACGAUCCGAUGUUGCCACAGCUAUUUCCAAAACUGAUAUGUGUGAUUUUUUGAUUGAUAUCGUACCCAGGGAAGAAGCUAUGAAGAGCCAAUCGACACAUUACGAACAUCAACAGCAACCGGAAUAUAGUAAUUAUUAUGCGCAAGCUGCUGUUCCUCAGUAUUCUGCCCAACAAGUAAUUAUAUGA